CGCGCCAAAUUUCAAAGGACUUCCUCCUGGGAGGAAAGAAGAAAAGCUGCUCGCAGCAGUCGAACAAUGGCGACACAUUUAUAUAUAAUAGGAAAUAAAUACCAAUAAGUUCGUCCGAGUCGGAGUUCGGGAGGAAAAUCCGUUCGCGGACGAGCGGAACGACUCUUUUUAGAGGAAUGAUUCACAGGAAGUCGGUGUCGUGUCAUUGUUGUAAGUCCUGCUCUGACUUUCAUUCUGCCCCACCAGGAACCAGCGACGAUCAGAAAGCUUAGAGGAGACUUCACUCCUCAGAUUAGCUGCUUUUGCUGCUAAUGCGUCCGAACCGAGCCUAACAUGUUCAGAAGUCAAAGAUAAAUGCAGUUUCAGAGGCAGGGGCAACGUUUUCUCUUCAUGUGGUUCAUGCCGCUGGUGUCUGGAUCCCAUGAAGCACGAUGCGCGUUUCAGAGACCAAAAUGAUAUCAGCAGCUGUUACUUCCUAUUUGGUUUGAAUCAGCUGGAUUUUAAUCAGAUUUCCUCCCUCAAACAAACACAACAAGACUUUCUUUGGCAUCUUUCUCCAAACCCGGAAUUCUUAAAUGUUUGGCUGCAGGCGGAUUUGCUUACAGCUGUUGUUUUUACAGCUCCGUCUCGUGUUUGCAGAGCUGUGACACACCUGCCGUCCACGUCCCAGCUGCUCUUUAUGUUUGAACUCGCAGCUUUAUCGUCUCCACUCAGCGGGGGGAUUCAGUCCGUUUGAGUCGGGGCUCAUAAAGUAGAGCCGGAGCUCAUUUUCACUCCUCACUGUCUCAUCCGCAGAGCCAAGUCCUCAUUACUCAUUCAUGUAUUCACAGCAGAGCAGCAGCAGCUCGCCACACUAAUGCAAACACCUGCUGGUGGAAGCUGCUCCACCUGCCUGUGACCUCUCCUACAGUCUGACAGCUUUCAUGUCGGCUCUCAGCUCGACCUGCUCACACGCGUUCAGUCUGGUUUAGCUCCGAGUCUUUACGGAAAUGGAACGCAGCCUGCUGUAAGCAGGGCCUGACACAGAUCGGGGGUGGCCUCGAGGCGAGGGAGAGAGGGGGCCCCAGAUAAUCCACAGCCAUGCUGUGUGGUGCACAGCCGUGCUUCCAGCUGCUUCGGAUCGGGUUGUCGUCGGGCGACUCGGCGAGGGACCUGUACACAUUCCGACCUGCGCGGAACCACUCUGUGUUCCGUCUGGGUCGAGCGUCGGAGCUGUGCGACGUGACGCUGGAGUCGGCGUCGGUGUCGCGCAUCCACGCCGAGCUGCACGCCGAGAAGGAGGCCAGUGGAGCGGAGGGAGAGCAGCUGCAGCAGCAGGAGGAGGGCUGGAAGGUUCACCUUGAAGACAGGAGCAGUCAUGGAACGUGGGUGAACGACGUGCGUCUCCAGCCGGGCGUCCUGUGGGAACUCUCAGACGGGGACACGCUCACCUUCGGGGGCCAUUCGGCCCCUGGAAGCCCCGAGUUCUACUUCCUGUUCCAGAAGGUCAAAGUUCGUCCUCUGGACUUUGAUGCCAUCACCAUUCCUAAAGCAGGGACCUUUUCUUCCGACUUACAGAACCGGAUCAGAACCAACCUGGACCGUAAAGUCACCGCUAACCUGGACCUCUCCAAGAUGUCCAUCAACCGGGCCACGGUCAUCCUGAACUCCAUCGGCAGCCUGAGCAAGAUGAAGGGCAGCGCCUGGACCUUCCAGAGGAACCGCAGCCAGGAGGGGGCCGCCUCCGACCCGGGAACCUCCUCUUCCUCCUCUCCUGUGAGCUUCACCUCGCUCAUCCCUUCCUCUGCUCCUCCCUCGUUCUCCUCUGAGGCCUCGGCGCCGCCGGCCAAGCCGCUGCAGGCCGCCCCCAGGAGCAGGAGGAAGUCGGCGCACACGGUCCUGCUGGAGGACGACAGCUCGGACGAGCCUAAGGAUCGGGAAGCUGUGGGCGGAGCCAUGGAGGACGAAACGAGGUCGAGGCCGAAAAAAAGGAGGAGGCUCUACAAGUCCGAGUCUGAAGGUUUCAGCUCCCCUCCUCCUCCUCCGCUGCAGCCGAAGCUCCACAGCGACAUCCGCCGGCCGCUGGCGACCAAGCCUUUCCCCGUGGGGAUCCGCACCAUCGGCAGCUUCCACGGCGCCAUGACCAACAGCAGACUGAACCAGCAGCUCCUCCAGACCUCCUUCCCCAACGUGGUUCCUCACAAACAGGAAGUGGAGGUGAACCGGCGAGUCAAAACGGUGCUGCACGGAAACAUCUCCGCGUUCCGCCAACAGAAAUCUGCCAACGCUUCACCGACUGCGCAGAGGGGCAGGCGGCGGGCCAACAGCUCGCCGGUCUUCUCCCCCCUGGUGGUGGGAGGCGAGAACUACAACCUGGCGUCGCCCACGAUGCGGAUCCGGACAGAAGAAAGAGGGCGGGUCCAGUUCAGCCGAUUCCAUCACCAAGCAACGAAACGACGAGGUCGCCCCAGGAAGCACCCCCUCCCUCCACGGCCCUCACUGCCUUCUCCAUCCUCUUCCUCGUCCUCUUCCACCUCCUCGGCCUCCUCCUCCUCCGGCUCCUCCUCGUCCUCCUCGUCAGAAGAGGACGAUGACGAGGAUGAAGAUGAGGCGACGUCGGUCGGGACGGUGGAUCAGUGUGCGGCCCCGCGGUGCCGGCUGCCCCAGCAGGACACGGUCCAGUGGAUCCAGUGUGACGUCUGCGACGCCUGGUUCCACAUAGACUGUCUCCACGUGGACAGGAAGAAGAUCCUGACGGACCCAAACGCCGACUUCCACUGCGGCUGUCGCUGAUGGGGACACGCCCAUCGGGUCAUCAACGCUCCGUUUUCACCCCUUCAUGUUUUCAUUUUGAGUCAUAACACGGGAAACUGGCCCUAAAAUCCUGGAAUCCCGUUUGAUCUGCAUCCGGAGGACAGAAGGACGUCCUCUGUCCCUCUCAGGCUGCCAUCAAACGUCCCUGCUCAGGCUUCACUAGGACUGCUGCAGCGGGGAGUUCAGGACGAGGACACCUGAUGAAAUCUUUUAGCGCCGUCUCGCUGCCGACCACGGGAAGAUUAAUGACACGUUCCCAAACCGGAUAAACUUCCUCAGACGUCUUCCUCGGCGCUCCGACCCAUUUAGGCUCCGUUUGCUUACCUCAGACUUCUGUUUGAUGCUUGAAGGUGAAUGAAAUCCCAGGAGGUGCGUCGGCAGCUGGGAUGACGGUCGGAUAUUUGGGAGCACUUCUGUGGGAUUUGGGAAGAUUUCUCCUUAUUAAACUAAAAUCAGAGCUCCCGAUCUGACCGGAAUUCUGUUACGGGGCCGUCCCGUUGGUUCUGGCAUCCUCUAACAGACACUUCACACUACUGACCUGCGAUUCUGACUUCACCUGAAUGUACACACACACACACACACACACACACACACACGUUUAUGGAAUUCCAGGACCUGCUUUUGUUUCUAAUCCCGCGCUGCUUCCCUGAUCUCCUACGGCUCUUUUUCUCAGAAUUUCUGCUGGAAAUGUUGUAAAAGCCGGCGUUUGGGUUUGUGAAGCACGAAAACGGAAAAAACUCCAAAAAUAAUAGUUGAGAUGUAACUUAAAUGAGAAAAUAAUAGAAAUAUAUAUUUUUAUGUGUUUAUGAGCGUUUGUAGGGACAACAACACACUUCCUAACUCUGCCUGCUGGUUAAAUCAGAUUAGUAAAAACAUGGCUGCCUCCUGGCCUUAAUCUGGUCAAUAAGCUGAAACCCGUCAGAAUAAAAGCAUUUAGUCCUUAAAAGAAACGUUUAUUAUUUCUGUUUGUUUAAUGGAUUUUUACCAUUUAGAAGCAUUUUUGUGUAAAUGUUCAAAGAAAUGUACUUUCUUUGGGAUUGAUGAGCUAACGGCUAGUCAGCUGACCCACAUCCCAGCCUUCUGGUUUCAGAAAUACAUUUUCUUUACUAAUUUAAAUAUGAGCAGCAUCUAAAACAAACGUGUGAUGCACUCGAGGUCGAGUGUGAGGUAAAAAUGUGUUAAAAUCCCUGUUUGCUUCAAAACUGGGAGAAGUUUAAAUGUUUUAUUCUGUAAAUUAGUUUUAGAAACCUUCACUCUUUCAUCAGGUUCAUUUUGGUUUGAUUCGACUCCUGGAUGCAUUUAAGAGAAAAAUUCUGCUUUUGAUGUUUACGCAGAAUUUCAUGUAAAUAACUUUAAUGUGAAACUGACUCUGAUGUAAAGAUUCGUAAAAUAAAAGCGUCUGUGAGCUUUGGGAGACAACAUGGUUCUAGCUGUUAGCACAUUAAUCCUUAGUUAAAUGUUCUCCAUUUCUCUGAACUGAGGCCGUUCAGGAAUUUACAGCAUUGAGAUGAAAAUGAUUCAGUUUAAAACUUUUACAACAAAACACUUAAAAUGUCCUUUUAUAAAUAGUUUAGCAGCUUAAAGGCUCCAAAUUCAGCAGCAAUGUAUUUUUUUUAUAAAAGAUAUAUUUUUUAAAUGUAAUAAUUUUGCUUCUGGCUAAAAGUAAAUUACAAAUGAACAUGAUGACUUCAUAAUAACCAGAUUGAACCUGUUCAGCUGCAAUGUAAAUAAAAAUAAAUGAUUCCUCAUGAA